AUGGGAUCGAGCUCCAAGUCGCGGGGGUGGGUCAACGUGUCGGUGCAGACGUACCAGUCGCAGCGCAACAGCUCCAGCCGGAUUUUGCAGCAGGAUUACACACUCUCCGGCCGGCGAGCGUUUAUCCGCUUCGACCGCGAGGACAACGUCUUCUGGUUCAGCCCGGUGAUGGACGAGAACCGGGUGGCGAGCAGCACGCCCGGCUUCCCGUGCUCGCGCGGCGACGUCUUUCUCAAAGUCGGGAUGCGCGGCGCGCGGCUGAUCCCGUGGCGGCUGCAGGAGGGAGAUAUCUUCCGGCUGGGGCAGGCGUACGUGCUCGUGUCGAAGAUCCGGCUGGAAGACGACGCCGCGACGCAGAUGCAGCUGGUGCAGGACGCCGCGCUGCCCGAGUGCGUCAUCGACGAGGACGAGCGCGACACGGACGUGGAGGAGGAGGAGGGCGACGGCGACCUGCAGCGGCCGCAGUGCUACAUCUGUUACGAGUCGGGGUGCCACGGCAACCCGCUGCUCAACCUGUGCCAGUGCACCGGCACCGUAAAGUACGUGCACCUGCAGUGCCUGCAGCGCUGGAUGCAGCCCGAGGGGUCGAGCGCUGUCAACACGCACUGCCCGAUUUGCAAGGCAAAGUACCCAGAGUCGGCGCAGGCGAUGAUGAUCCACUCGCCGGCGAUCAUGCUCGAGUCGUGGUCCAACCACCGCACGCUCAAGCUGCGCCACUGGAUCUCCUUCAACCGCCACUCCACCGCCUCGCUCGGCCGCUUCUCGGAGCACAACGACGUCUCGAUCCCGGACCACUCGAACGGCCAGUUCUGGCUGCACGACCGCGAGUCCUCCAACGGCACCUUCAUCCGGCUGCGCGCUCCCCUCAAGCUCGCCUUUGGCGAUGGCGCGCCAGAGUGGCAGGUGCGCGUGGGCGGGCGGUACGUGCGCUGGGGCGACGCCGCCGCGCAGGCGCAGCUCGAGUCGGGGUGA